AUGACCGUGACAGAUGCUGCUGAGAGCCUCGUUUCGGUUCACAGCCUGGUAGCGAGGGGACACAAGGUAGUCUUCAGCCCAGGAGGGUGUUACCUCGAAACGAGAGCGGGUGACACCGUACCACUUGAGCUGCAUGGCAAGAGGUGGUACCUGAAGGUGAUGGACAAGACAGAGGGUCCAAAGCCAGCACGUGGGCGCAUAGCCCCCGUUGGAGAUGAGUUGGACCUAGGGCCAAAGGAGCCCGACAGAUGGAAGAGAGAAGUGAAGGAUGGGGUGGAGUACCUCAUCAGGGAGCACAACAAUGCAAGAAAGCGACUUUUCGCUCCCAAGGUCAAGGAUCUCCCAGUGCCACUAGAUCGAAUCGAGAGCGGAAGGCUCACGAAGAUGAUCUUCGAGGAGGAUGGCUCUCGAAGGGAGGACCGCAGCAUGUGGGAAGACAGGCGGUAUGCGAUGAGAGACAUGGGUCACGCGUGGCUUGGUGAAACUUGGUUCAGGUUGAAGCCCGAGCGUGCAGAGGACGCAGCUCCAGAUGAGGAGCAACCAAGUCACGAGGAUGAAUGGAUGCGAGGUCUCGAUGAGGCAUACGAGAAAGAGGUGCUUGAAGGAGAAGAAGCUCACGAGCAGAUCGUCGAGGACGAAGAGGAUGCAGAUGAUCGCCUGGUGGUGGACGAAGGAGACGACGACCGGAAAGCUAAGACGAUCAAGGCACCGAAGGAACCGACAGCUGCAGAGGUGGAGGAGCAUAGUCUCCACCACGCCAACUUUGAGAGUUGGUGCCCUGUUUGUGUGAUGGGGCAAGGAAAGAGCAAGCAGCACCGCAGAAUCAAGGAGGAGCCGAAGGAGCACAUCAUCUACUCGGAUUACAUGUUUUUCUCCAAGGAGGGAGCAGAAGUGAGCAAGGAGAAAGGCGAGAAGAAGAAGAAGACUGGGUUGGUGACCGUGUUGACGGCCAUUUGCAAAGACAGCCAGUAUCCCUUUGCGUUGGCGCUGCCUUCCAAAGCCAGCGUGGAUUACGCAAGCAAGGCGCUUACGAGUUGGGUCAAGGACCUCAAAUGGGACAAGGUGGUCAUUCAGUUUGACCAAGAAAGCGCUUUGAACAAGAUCUACGAGAAGGUGAAGGCAGGCAUGGGUGACACCAUAACCUUGCGGAGAUCACCGCGAUACAGCUCUCAGUCCUUGGCGGAUGGAGAGAUGGUCAAUGGUCUCAUCGCGGGAAAGGUGCGCACGUGGCUUGCUGAAGUGUCCGAGAAGUGCAAGACGAAGAUCGGUUGUGACAGUGUGUUGUUUCCGUGGAUUGUGAGACACAGCGCAUGGACGUUGGCACGAUUCCACAUCAACCACUCAAAGACAACAGCCUUCAGGAUUGUGAAUGGGUAUGAUUACCUCGGAGAGAUGAUGGCCUUUGGUCAAGUGGCCAUGGCAAAGUAUCCCAAGCAGAAGGACAAGGCAGUUCUUGAGAAGGCGAGAGGAGUGCCGUGGAACCGGUACUUGGGGAUAGCAACCACCAGAGUUGCGCAAGAGAAGUCAGAGCAGAAAGCAGUCUCAGUCCCAGAGCUGGAGGCUGCAGAGACCUACGACUUUGGGUCUGGUGAACAAAAGGAGGUGCUGGUUGUUCCGAUGCCAGUGCCAUUGCAAGGUGAAAAGCAUGAGAAGGCUAUGAGCGAGGGGCCAGAAAGCAAGAGAGCAAGGGUGGAACCUGCAGAUGCCAAGCAGCCCGCGGGUGACACCGCUCAAGCUUCGAGCGGACCGUUGCAGUUCAACAUCGGAUCGCCCGAUGCUAGCAUGGGGACAGGGAGUCUCGACAUGAGUCUCUAUUCCCCAUCGCUUCCGGGAGACAACGCCCAGGACAUGGUAUCCUGCAUCAGCAACCAUGGUGAGUGGAGUGAGGCAAGCAAGUGCCUUGGAAAAGAGGACUACAAGUCCUAUCAGGAAUGGUUGAAGCGAAAUAAAGGAUGCUUUGAUGCAAAUAUGGUCAGCAACAUCAUGGACUACCUGGACACAAUGCAGAUGGAUGAAAGAGAGCUAAAGAGAUCACGCAAAGAGGAGCUGAGAAAGCUCAACGAGGUCUAUGGAGCUUUUACGCCUAGAGAUGGGCGUCAGCUUUCGAGAGACCUGACCGUUUUCGGUCACAAGUGGGUUGACAAGGUGACAGAGGGAGUAGCGAAGUCCAGACUCACAUGUCAAGAUUUCAAGAAGAAGCAAGAUGCAAAUGAGAGGAAGCUUUUGGAAGUUUACUCUUUGGCUACAAGAAUGCCAAGGGUGACAGCUGACCUUAGCUCAGCUUUUCUGAUUGCAAAGGAUGGAGGAGAUGCUAAAGGACAACCGGUGAUGAUGAGGCAAUCGGCGGCAGCACAGUACAGAGAUCGUCUGGAGGUCAUUUUGACCAAGGAACUCCCAAAGGGAGUUUACGAGUUUCACAGAGGAAAGUUGGAUGCAUGUGUGUUUCGAUGCAAGCGUACAGGCAUUGUGUUGAUUCAUCACAUAGACGAUUUCGAUGUGUGUGGUCCAGCAGCACUUUUGGACGACCUACUCAAGGUGCAGUUGCCAAAAUGUGGGUGCAAGCUGAAAGUGGGUGAGCUUGAAUGGCCUGGGGAAGCUAGCAGUAGCACUAGCGAGUUUCUUGGUAGAAAGAAGAUCCUGGUUGAGGAUGCCGUGGUGACGCUUCCGAAUGAGAAGCACAUCAGCGACAUUCUUAGGAUGCUAGGACUUGAGCAAGCGAAGUCAAGCCCAGUGCCAGGAAAGAAGCUUAACUUGCAAGACAACAAACUUCUAGAAGGCAAGGCCAAGGAAGUCUACGCGAGUUGUGUAGGUAGCGCAACAUACCUAUCACAAGACAGACCAGACAUCAAGUUUGCCUGCAAAGAGCUGGCAAAGCGGAUCAGAGAACCGCGAGAAUGCGACAUGCAAAACCUCAAGGUGCUAGGAAGGUACCUGCGUGGGACAAUGCACGUGGGACAUGUUACCAAGUUGGACGAACAGUUGAACCCAGUUGCAGGGAUUCCUCUCCAGGGAUUCUGCGACAGUGACUGGGCAGGGGACAAAGAGGAUAGAAAGAGCACCAGUGGACAGGUGAUAGUCCUAGGAGGGACUGUCGUGGACCUGGUGUUCGUGAGGAACCUAGGUGUGGAGGACUUCGGGAUGUCAAUCGAUGUUCCGAGACUGUUCUGCGACAGCAGUGCAGCCAUCCAAGUUGCUAGAAGACUUGGAGUUGGAAAGAUGAGGCAUGUGGAUCUAGGACAUCUGUACAUUCAAGAACUUGUGAAAGAGAAGAGAGUGAUUGUGCAGAAGAUAAAAGGGACAGAAAAUCCUUCAAACGCUUUGACAAAACAUUUGGCCACGGGGGCCGAAACAGAAGAAGCAAGGGGCAUGCUGGGUCUGGUAACCUUGGACAAGCAAGGGCUGGACAAGCACGUUUCAAAGAACACGAUGCAAUCGGUUGGGGCACUGACUGGCUGGAGAAAGUGGCAGCCGCAGCAGUGCACAAGGCUCAGCACAAAGCAGUUCGUUAGUGCUGUUGGUGAUUGUGUACAUGGGUACAACGUGCCCACAUGGAAAGCUCUUUAUGAGCAAGAAGGGACGCAAAGUCCACUCAGACCCUGGGUGUCAAGGUUUGUACAGAGCUGA